GAUUUAGCUUAUUUCAGCGGGCCAACCUCUGUGGUUCAACGACAGUACCAUAUCGCCGUCAGACAGCACUUUGCACCCACCAAAGGCGCCGAGAUUGGGCGAAUAGCGAGCAAAUACGUCCGCGUUUCUUUACCCGCUCCCCCGCCGACCUCCCCUCCUCACUCCCCGGCGCUGACAGCGGACAAGGCCGAGGGCGCAGCAGAGCAGGCCCGGCCGCCAAGGCUCGACCUGACUACCCCACCUCCGCAUCCUACCACACCUCACCAGCAGCAGCCAAAAACCCGGUCCACGGCCGAGCCGACUUCGGACAACACCGAAGGAAACAAAGAUCACCGAGAGCCCCGCACCAUAAGCACCGACACCGCCGCUGCCAACAUGAACCACCAUCACCACACGCAGCAGCAGAAAGCCGGCGAGCAGCAGCUCAGCGAGCCCGAGGAUAUGGAGAUGGAAGCUGGGGAGACCGAUGAGCCUCCAAGAAUCCCUUCCAACCCAGUGAUCAAUGGUAAUGUGGCAAUGGCAGAUGGACACAAUAACACAGAGGAGGACAUGGAGGAUGACACUAGCUGGCGCUCUGAGGACUUUCGCUUUGUAGUGGAACGUUUUAGCCGGCUUAGCGAGUCGGUACUCAGCCCAUCCUGUUUUGUCCGAAACCUUCCAUGGAAGAUAAUGGUGAUGCCACGCUUCUAUCCUGACAGGCCACACCAAAAGAGUGUAGGCUUUUUUCUGCAAUGUAAUGCAGAGUCUGAUUCUACGUCGUGGUCAUGUCAUGCUCAGGCCAUGCUGAAGAUUGUUCACUACAAAGAUGAUGAGAAGUCAUUUAGUCGUCGAAUCAGUCAUCUCUUCUUCCACAAAGAGAAUGAUUGGGGCUUUUCAAAUUUCAUGUCCUGGAGUGAUGUGACUGACCCAGAAAGAGGCUUCAUUGAAGAUGACAAAGUCACGUUUGAAGUCUAUGUUCAGGCUGAUGCUCCUCACGGAGUCGCUUGGGACUCAAAGAAACACACAGGCUAUGUCGGUCUCAAAAACCAAGGAGCUACAUGCUACAUGAAUAGCCUGUUACAGACCCUCUUUUUCACUAAUCAGCUAAGACGGGCGGUCUACAUGAUGCCCACAGAGGGCGAUGACUCGUCUAAGAGUGUGCCCCUGGCCUUACAGAGGGUUUUCUAUGAGUUGCAACAUAGCGACAAACCUGUUGGCACCAAGAAACUCACAAAGUCCUUUGGUUGGGAAACUCUCGAUAGCUUCAUGCAACAUGAUGUACAGGAGCUGUGCAGAGUGCUCCUAGAUAAUGUGGAGAACAAAAUGAAAGGCACUUGUGUUGAGGGAACCAUCCCCAAGCUCUUCAGGGGGAAGAUGGUGUCAUACAUCCAGUGUAAACAUGUAGACUACCGAUCAGAGAGAAUAGAAGACUACUAUGACAUUCAGCUUAGCAUAAAAGGAAAGAAAAACAUUUUUGAGUCCUUCAAAGACUAUGUUGCGACUGAACAGUUGGAUGGUGACAAUAAAUAUGAUGCUGGGGAACAUGGACUUCAGGAAGCCGAAAAGGGAGUGAAGUUUCUUACCUUUCCCCCGAUCCUUCAUCUGCAGCUGAUGAGGUUCAUGUAUGACCCACAAACUGACCAAAACAUCAAGAUCAAUGACAGGUUUGAGUUUCCAGAUCAGUUGCCUCUAGAUGAGUUUCUUCAAAAGCCUGACUCCAAGGACCCAGCCAACUACAUCCUACAUGCCGUGCUUGUGCACAGUGGCGACAACCAUGGAGGUCACUACGUCGUCUAUCUUAAUCCAAAAGGAGACGGCAAAGUGAGUCUCAAUGAACCAAUAUGGUGCAAGUUUGAUGACGAUGUGGUUUCGCGGUGCACAAAGGAGGAAGCCAUAGAACACAACUAUGGUGGUCAUGACGAUGACCUUUCAGUGCGUCAUUGCACCAAUGCAUACAUGUUGGUUUACAUCAGAGAGUCCAAGCUCAGUGAGGUUCUACAGCCCAUGACUGAUGUGGACAUCCCUCAGCAGUUGGUAGAGCGUCUUCAGGAGGAGAAGAGAGUGGAGGCUCAAAAGAGGAAAGAGCGUCAGGAGGCCCACCUGUAUAUGCAGGUCCAGAUGGUGACAGAAGACCAGUUCUGCGGCCACCAGGGCAAUGACAUGUAUGACGAGGAGAAGGUCAAGUACACAGUCUUCAAAGUCCUCAAGAGCUCAACUCUACAAGAGUUUGUCCAAAACUUGUCCCAGACCAUGGGUUUUCCACAAGACCAGAUGAGGCUUUGGCCAAUGCAGGCUCGGAGCAACGGGACCAAGCGGCCUGCCAUGCUUGACUAUGAGGCAGACUGCAACAAGUCUAUGAUUGACUUGAGUGAUAAUGAGAAUCCCUGGACAAUAUUCCUGGAGACAGUGGACCCGGAGUUGGCCGCCAGUGGGGCUACAUUACCCAAGUUUGAUAAAGACCAUGACGUCAUGUUAUUCUUGAAGAUGUAUGACCCCAAAACCAGAAGCUUAAGUUAUUGUGGACAUAUCUACACACCUAUAUCCUGUAAAAUAAGAGACCUGCUGCCGGUCAUGUGUGAAAGGGCAGGCUUUCAGCAGGAAACUAGUCUUAUCCUCUAUGAGGAAGUAAAGCCCAAUCUAACAGAGCGAAUCCAGGACUAUGAUGUCUCUCUAGACAAAGCCCUGGACGAGCUCAUGGAUGGGGACAUCAUUGUCUUCCAGAAGGACGACCCAGAGAAUGACAGCAGUGAGCUGCCGACUGCAAAGGACUAUUUUCGAGAUCUGUAUCACCGAGUGGAUGUCAUUUUCUGUGACAAGACCAUUCACAAUGACCCUGGCUUUGUGGUCACACUUUCCAACCGCAUGAACUACUUUCAGGUUGCAAAGACCGUAGCCCAGAGGUUGAAUACAGAUCCCAUGCUGCUGCAGUUCUUCAAGUCACAGGGGUACAGGGACGGGCCAGGGAACCCUCUCAGACACAACUAUGAGGGAACGUUACGGGAUCUGCUGCAAUUCUUCAAACCCCGGCAGCCCAAGAAACUCUACUACCAGCAGUUGAAGAUGAAGAUUACAGACUUUGAGAACAGGAGGAGUUUUAAAUGUAUAUGGCUCAACAGUCAGUUCAGAGAAGAGGAAAUCACUCUCUACCCUGACAAACAUGGCUGUGUGCGGGACCUUUUGGAAGAAUGUAAAAAAGCUGUGGAGCUCUCAGAAAAGGGCUCUGAAAAGCUCAGGCUGCUCGAGAUAGUAAGCUAUAAAAUCAUAGGAGUUCACCAGGAGGAUGAGCUUCUAGAAUGUUUAUCUCCGGCUGCUAGUCGCACCUUCAGAAUAGAGGAAAUUCCCUUGGAUCAGGUGGACUUGGACAAGGACACUGAAAUGCUCAUUCCUGUUGCUCACUUCCACAAAGAAGUCUUUGGCACCUUUGGGAUCCCCUUCUUGCUAAAGAUCCGACAGGGAGAACCCUUCCGAGAGGUGAUGAGGAGGAUCCAGACCAUGCUAGACAUCCAGGAGAAAGAAUUUGAGAAGUUUAAGUUUGCCAUUGUGAUGAUGGGACGGCAUCAGUAUAUCACUGAAGAUGAGUACGAAGUGAACCUGAAGGACUUUGAACCACAGCCAGGUAAUGACAA